UUUAUUAAAAAUCAGUGAUAUUUUAAUCUGGCCAGAUAGGGUUACCUUAACAGACAAUAGUUUGAGAAUUAUCAAAGACAAAAGGACUAAUUCUGAUGACAAAACACAUAUUGGAAUAAAUCAAUUGGUUCCCAGAAUUUUUUGGAAAUCACUUCUGUCCCUGGUAAUAUAUCUGUAUCUGAUUGCACAAGUCAGGAUCAGCUGUUUUCAGUUCUAGCAAUACAUGCUGUUUAAUAUCCAUUGAUAUUAAAGGAAAGCAUGUACAUGCGUGCUUCAGUGCAGGAAUGUACCUCAGAGGAUAAUGUCCUAAAGUGUCUCUUCAGUUGGCACUGCUGUCUUUAGCAAUUUGGUUAUCCACUUUGCUAAAGUUUUAAAUGUAAAGUAAAUAAAACAUAAAUAGACUGGACCCUGCAGAUGGUUUAACAGACAUAUAUCCAAAGAAAUGUGUGUGUGCAUGAUCCUGGCAAGACUUGAAGCUAAGAAAACUUUGAAUGUUGAUUCUGCUGACUCUUGCAACAUUUGCUAUUGUAAACUCACAGCUGUAGGUAUAAGCGUGCACACUAUUUCAAUUGUACAAGAGUUGGAGAUGGGCUUGAACCAGAAGGUCAGAUGUAAUGAGGCAGAUAUUCAACUAGUGUAAAUCAGCAUAACUCAGUUGAGAUCAGUGAGACCAUGAGAGUUUACACAACUUGAAAAUCCGGCCCAAAUCUAUCACACACUUGAUUAAAACCCUUAUUUGUUUGUUUUGCUUCUUGGUUCGUUUGAUGUUCAGUUUUCUUGUUUAUUUUACCACUGUAAAUUUGUGGAGUUUAUUUUAAACAUAUAUAUUCAGCAUGUUAGAAAAUGUGCUUUUGAUAACAAACUCAAAUGAGCCAAUAUAUUGCAGUCAAAAUCUUCACAUUCUGGUUAGCGUAAAAGUCAAACUUAGGGAUUCAAAGGAUGCAUCAGAAUCCAAACUCCUAAUGUAAGCUCUGUUUUCAUCUGGUCCAUUACAGAAACAGGACUGAGCUGGGGAAAAAAAAUCAAAACUCAGCCCAUAUCUGGGGAAUUUGGUUCAGGCCCCAUCUUGAGUUCAAAUGUUGUAAAAGUUAUUAAUACUUGCACCAUGCAUUCAGGAAAGGGAGAACUCUUUUCAGACUGUGAACUCUUAGGUCAGGGUUGGCAGGGCCUCAUGAUCCAUUGCCUUGCACCUUGUGCAGCCAUCCUCGGGAGUGCAAUACAGCACUCUGGAACAGGAAGGGUAGCGCCCCACACCGGCUUUACGCUGGGGUCAGUUACCCCCACAAAGCAAGCAGAGCAGCUGGGGCUCAUGCCAGUCUCUUUGCUCUGUAAGGCCCAGCAGGCUCGCUUCUGGGUGCCUUGCAGCAACGCCUUAUUCUUCGUGCAUGCCAACGUGGUGCAGCGGUGACCGCCUUCCCGGCCUAAGGCAGGGUGAAGUUUUUGAUCAAUCUGAUGUGGCUCUACCAAACUUUUCAAAGUUUUUCCAGCAGCAGGCUAAAGAAGAGAAGGAAGCUGCAGAGGCCAUGCUGAAAUACCUACAAGAGAGAGGAGGCCAUUACUGUACCAGAAUCAUCCAGAGACCAAACUGUGAACAUGUAUCCAAUGUGGUGAAGGCCCUUGAAGUAGCAUUGGUUCAAUGGAAAACAAUGACAGGAUAUUUUGAAGAGCUUUAUGCCCUGAGCAUUGAAAAUGCAGACCCUCAUAGUGCAAGUACUAUUAAGAAACAAUUUGUUGAACCCAAGAUCUGGAAGAUCAAGUUGGUGGGAGACCUCCUGACCAAUGCUCACAGGCUUGUGUGUUCCCAAGAUGGCAGAGGCAACCUUGGAGACUACCUUAUGGAACGGUUACAGGAAGAGCUAAAAACAGGCAUAGAGACAGAUUCUAGGCACCACUGCACCCCCUGUACAUUUCUUCAGCAAUGCAGAGGGACUGCAAAGGGGUUGCAACAGCCCCCAAAAGAAUUCUCCCAGAAGAGCAGUAGCAUAGGGCCAAUGCACGCAAACCAGUGCUGUCCUUCCUCACAGUCUCUGGGCAAGGAUAUGCCAGGGAUAAAACAGAGGCAAGAGAAGGAAUAGCUGGAGCACUAUGCCCAUUCUCGGCCAUGGAGAAACCUAUAGGCAGCCACAGGGGAGGCUGAUGUAAGUUGUCAGCCCCAGGGAUGCUUUGGCUCCAAACUGAGUCUCAAAUCCAGGAGAUGAAGUGAUGGUUUAAAGCCCCAUGACUCCGCCCCCCUUCCCCCUUUACACUCUUCCUCCUGGGCUGUGCUUUCUAUGCUAUGCCUCCUCCAAAGUGCAGCACAGAAUCUAAUCUGUAAUAUACCACCUCAUAUCAUAGGUAUUAAGGCUGCUAGAUAUAGAUAAUGUCAACAUUAAUUUAACCUUUCAGAGUCUCUUACCCAUAAAUAACAUUUCUUUAUUUGGAAACUACCAGACCUCUAGGUUUCUUUCCUGUCUUAAAUGGUUGAUUGGAUUAUUUAGUGCAAAAGAGGUUUAAGUAUAUAAGGCUUUUUAAAGAAAAAACCUUUUUAAUACAGAGUAAUUUCUAUGAUGGAGAAACUAUAGCUUUUUAUAUUAUUAAACAAAUAAGAUAUUAUACAGUGGUGUUGGAACUAUUUUUAUAGUGGAGGGUGCUGAAGAUGGAAACCAUGUAUUUGGGUUGUUACUACUACAAGUCAAGGGAUGCGGCAGUACCCUUAGUUCCAUAUUAUAGCAAUACAGAUUGUAUUAUGUAAUCAUUCUUAAACAUUUUUACUGUCUUGGUGAAUAUUACAUGGAUAUUUUUAAGAGACUUGUUCUUAAAAUGAGGGGGACUUCCAUGAUAUUCUUAUAAAUUUUGUAGCAAUUAUAAUAGAGUAAUUCAAUAAACUGCUUUCUAUCCAA